AUGACCAGGAUACUCUAUAAAUGGGGCGCAAAACCUUUCUUGGAUCAGCUGUCGGGGUGUCGAGAGGAGAUAAUCGGAAUUAUGGACUAUGUCGAACCUGAAUUCAUUCGCGAUCAGGCCGCCGAGUUUCGUUUUCUUCGAACUCAGGCAUUGAAAAAUAUACUUCAACUAUUUGUGAACAAUGAGGCAAUCACUGUAGUUUCCGGGACCGUUAGCAGCAUAACAAUAGCAUCCGAUAACAUGACAACUCAAGUCACAGUCGGAGAUGGGAGGAUUUUCAACGCCGACUUUGUCGUUUGCGCAGAUGGAUACGACAGUGCUCUUAAUGAUAUGGGUGUCACCGGUAGUGAAAGAGAAGAGUAUGACACUCUUGGGUGGCCGGCUUCACAUUUAGCAAUGACGUUUGCAUUACCCACUAAAACAGUGAGGCGGGAUGAAGCGCUGUGCAAUAUAUUUCGAUCCUCCAAACAUUGGAACGUAUGGGCGGGACCUGGAUAUAUCUUGCAUGCAAAUAUCUCUGAUGAAAGCGAACUCGUGUGUGUCACGAUAACUGCGAACUAUAACAGAGAAAUCUUCGAGGGUGACCAGACAUGGCAACUCCGUCCACUUGAAUACUGGAAUAUAGAUCUUGGCUUGUUUGAGCCUCGAGUCAAGAAAUUAUUGGAACUCGCUGGAUCCGUGUCUUCCAGAAUCUUCGUUAGAAAACCCAUGCUAGACGAGUUAGUCUGCACAAAUUCGAGAGUCGUUCUUGUGGGAGAUGCUGCGCAUCCUAUAUUGCCUGGAGGAAAUCAACACAUUGGCCUGGAUAUUGAAGAGGCGGAGACUUUAAGAUGUCUGUUUUCUCGCAUUGAGCACCGCAACCAGAUACCUGAUUUCCUGGUGGCGUAUGAGGAUAUACGCCUACCUCGUACAUCACAUAUAGUCGAAUAUGAAAGAGGAAUGCACCUGAUGCUGCAGAUGCCGGAUGGGCCGCAACAAGAAGCUCGGGACGUGACGUUGAAAAAAGUGAUGGCUGGCGACUGGGAUCAUAUGGAUGAGGAGCUUUUCAGAGCAAUAUUUGGAGAGGAAUUCCAACAAUAUAGCUGUGAUGCUACUGAAGAAGUCGAAGAUUGGUGGACAAAAUGGGGGGGCAGUGAUCUCGAAGAGUGCAAUUGA